AAGUGCAGAGGAAAGAGGUGUGUCUGUGAGCAAAUCUCCCAAAAUUGGUGGGCCAAGCCGUGUUCAACCCAGACCCUUCACUGCUGACAAAGCGUUAUCUGAUGAGGAUGUGGAAGCAGCUAUUGCCGUUUUGAGACACUUUGCUGAUGAAGACACCAUCCGUGACAAGAUGAAAGCUACCUUCAUUUAUCGUCAGUCAAUGGUCAGCAAUGAGAAGAGAGCAGGGGAUGUGUUCUCAGUCUUCCCGAGAUUUCUAGACACACCUGGACUGAUAGAACAAGAUUUCAGACUGCUGUUUGGGGAGGCCACAGCCAACAAAUUCCUGGAAAAGUGGGCCACUAAUCUGAAAACAAAAGUGAAAACAGAAAGCCAUGGACUGGUACCGACCAGAGAGGUCUUGGAUUUAACGCGCAAUGCUGAGUCAACUGCUGAAAUUGAGAAUGGCUGGGACAGUGACAUGUCUGCUAUAUUGCUGCUCCUCCAUCUCCUACCACCAUCUGCACAGGGAAGGAAGAGGCCGGGGAAGGUGUCGGCAUGUCAGGCUGUGGAACACCUCAUCAGAUUCAUAAAAGCUGGAACCAGUGUACAGCAGCACCUGGAUAACAUCAGCCAAAGCAGCCAGCCCUACCUCCUCGCUCAGGGUCCUGCAAGAAGCAGCAUUCACACCUUCUUUAUUGUGAUUGACAAGUAUGCGCUUCCAUGUAAGGCAACAGGUUCAGUGGGAGCCCUAGACGAACUCUUUAAGGCCCAUUACGUCUUUGGUACCUCUUACAGCUCUUCCUUGGCCAACUUUUUCACUUUUCUCCAAACAACCAUUUACAACAUUGAUGUUGGGGAAACAAAGGAAACUCCCAGAGUUGCAGAGCUGCGGGCAAGAAUGGUGCGUUAGUGUCAACUAAUGAAGUGUUUUCUUUGCAAAAGUGACCAUGGGAGGCCAAACAGCCUUAUAAAGCACCUUAAGGUAAUUCAUGGUCUCUGCACUGGCCGGACUCUUCAUCUUAAAUGUGGCCAAGUUGGAUGUUCAUGUUCUUUUGGUAGCUUUUCAGGCUUUAGAAAGCAUCUGAACAAGUGCCAUGUAAGUGGUUCAUUUGAUUCUGUAGAAGAAAGUGAUUUUUCACCACACCAAAGUGUUGAGUGUAAUGCGACUGAUGUUGAUGUGUCGUCUGAACAUUUGGAGGGACAGUCCACCUUAACUUCAGCCCACCUUGUAAAUAGUUGUGCAGCAGUAAUUUCUGAUUUAAAGGCAGCAGGUGUAAGCCAAAGUGUAGUGAACUCUGUUGUGAUGUCCAUGGAAGAGAUUGUUCAAGAUAUCCAGCAGCAUGCCAAAGAAACUGUCAUUAAGCAUGUAUUUGGUGAUGAAAGAGAAACUGAAAUGUGCAAGAAAGUUGAAGCAUGUUUUGAGGAGUUAGAGAAUCCUUUCACAGUUCUUAAUUCAGAAUACAAACGAUCAAAAUUUUUAUCAGGCAAGUGGGAAACAGUGGAACCCAUUGAAUGUGUAAUUGGCUCAAGAUUUGACACAAGGAGAAAUAAAAAGACUGGAACAUAUGAUCAGACAGUCGUUCAAGAUAAAUUCAUGUAUGUUCCCAUUUUAUCUACAUUGGAGUCAAUAUUUAAAAGUCAGUAUGUUGCAGAAAUGUUGAAAAGCUCAGACACUGAUGACUCAAGACUCAGAGAUAUUCAUGAUGGAUCUUUUUUUAAGACUCACCCUCUGUUUUCAACUGAAAAGCACACUGUGCAGAUCCAAAUGUUCUAUGAUGACUUUGAGGUAGCAAAUCCCCUCGGUUCCAAGCGAGGUAUUCAUAAAUUGGGUGCAAUAUAUUUUACCUUAAGGAACUUCUCUCCAAAAUGGAAUUCUCUCUUGGCCAACAUACACCUGUGUGCCUUAUUUCAUGCACAAGAUCUUAAACGGUACAGUUUUAGUGAAAUUCUUGCUCCUGUUGUUCGAGAUAUUAAAGUUUUAGAGAAUGAUGGUAUUGAGAUUCCACUAUAUGGUGGUCGUGUUCGUGGCAGUGUGGUACAGGUUACUGGUGAUAAUUUAGGCUUACAUAGCUUGUUUGGUCUGGUCGAGUCCUUCAGUGCAAGGUACUGUUGCAGAUUUUGUUUAACUGAAAAA